CGACAAACUCGUCCAUGCCGUUGCUGAAAGGAUGUCGGAACUUCUCACUUCGCAGGAAGCUGCCUGCAAGCAAGGUCUUCUCCCGGACGGCAUCUCGGCAGCAGAACUGGGUCCGUGGAUCUCAAGACUCAACAUAAGACAGCACGCAACUGUGUCUUCGCACGCCAGACAUUUGCUUCACCCUCUUUCAGAAACGUCAUCAUGAGUUCCACCACGAACAUCGCUAGUCAGAAUGGGGCGGCUGCGCAGGGAGGCUACCAGCAAGCGACCGAGCAGCUGUUGCAGACGGCCGAGGACUAUCACACAAAGCCCCUAUGGGUGCAGAUGAAUCGGCUCAAUCCUCCUCUACCGAAUCCGAAGUGCCAACCGCACGUCUGGCGGUACGAGAAGAUCCGGCCCAGUCUGCUCCAAGCUGGCGAGCUUGUUACCGACAAGCAAGCAGAACGCCGCGUGUUGAUGCUCGUGAACCCAACUCGAGAGGCGCCCUUCACCACCGACACAAUUUACGCUGGGCUUCAGCUGGUAAUGCCCAACGAAACCGCACCGGCUCAUCGCCACACUGCGUUUGCCUGCCGCUUUAUUAUCGAGGGUAGUGGCGGCUUUACCGCAGUACAUGGCCGCCGUAUUAAGAUGCAGCGCGGCGACGUUAUCUCAACGCCUCCUUGGAACUGGCACGAUCACGGCAAAGAUGGCUCCGGACCAAUGAUUUGGCUUGACGGCCUUGAUCUGCCGAACUUUGUUCACUACCCUGUUCAUUUCGUGGAGCACUAUGCAGACCCACGAUAUCCAGCCAAGGACAUAGACACUUCAGCCUCACCAAUAGUCUUCCCAUGGUCACGGAUGAAAGCCCAACUUGAUGCCGGCAGCGGAGAUAGCACCACAGAACGCUAUCUGAGAGGUGGCCAACACGAGAUAAGCCGUACGUUAGGUGCUGCUGCCACCCGCAUCUCCGCUGGAAAAUCAACUCCAGUGAUCCAGGAGACAGCUUCCUCCAUUUUCCACGUUAUCGAGGGUUCUGGAAGCUCCACAAUCGCUGGAAACGAAUUCACCUGGAAGAAAAGUGAUACGUUCUGCAUUCCCGCAUGGCAUGAGUACCAACACCAUGCAGCCGGUGAAGAGACGGCGUAUCUGUACAGAGUGCAUGACGAGCCUAUGCUAAAGUCGCUUGGUUUUUACCGCUACAAUGGCCAAGAUGUGGAGUCAUUGGUGUCCGAGUAGGUGGUUGAGCCCGAUGUAUUAAUAUUCAUGAAUGAAUGGC